AUGGCCACCGCCGCCAUUUUCAGGUCGUCGCGCAUUUCCGCGAAGCUGCCGCAAUGGCAUGCACGCCCCUUCCAGGCCCAGGCUGGCGCCAUCGCCGCCUUUGCUCUGCGCCGUUCCUUCUCCUCAUAUCUCGUCACCCCGAAAGAGUUGGACGAGGCUCUGAAGAAGAACCCUUCCAAGAUCAGCCCGGAGCCGCGAGUGAUCCCCCUCUGCGCCUCCUGGUUCCUCCCCAAUGAUGGCCGCACUGGCAUCGAGGUCUUCCGCCAGCAGCGCAUCCCCAAGGCUCGCUUCUUUGACCUCGACAAGGUCAUUGACCGCCACAGCCCGUACCCCCAUAUGUUGCCUUCCGCCAAGGAGUUUGCCGCCGCCAUGAGCGAGUUGGGCAUUCGCAAGGAGGAUACCGUCGUUGUCUACGACAGCAAGGAGCUCGGCAUCUUCAGCGCUCCCCGCGUUGGUUGGACUCUCAAGAUCUUUGGUCACUCCAAGGUCCACGUCCUCAACAACUUCAAGCUGUGGGUUGAGGAGGGUCUGCCCACCGAGGCUGGCGAGCUGUACAGCGUCGAGUGCUGCACGUACCCGAUCCCCAAGCUGGACGAGGGCAAGGUCGCCGAUUUUGAGGAGGUGCGCGAGAUCGCGCUGGACCACAACAAGGAGGGCGCCGAGGGCGUGCAGAUCAUCGAUGCGCGGUCGCCCGGCCGGUUUACUGGAAAGGACCCUGAGCCGAGACCUGGCCUGUCCUCUGGCCACAUGCCUGGCUCUAUCAACAUCCCCUUCAACGCUGUCUUGGACCCCGUGACCAAGGCUUUCUACCCGGCUGAGAAGCUGAAGCAGAUCUUCCAGGAGAAGGGUGUUGACCCUGAGAAGCCCAUCAUCUCUAGCUGCGGCACCGGCGUGACUGCCUGUGUCAUUGAGACCGCUCUGGAGGUGGCCGGAUACGGAUCCCCUGAGAAGCGCAGAGUCUACGAUGGAAGCUGGACUGAAUGGGCACAGCGGGUCAAGCCUUCUGAGUCGCUCAUCAGGAAGGACGAGUAA